GGUAGUAGUACAAUUUUAGGAGUAGCAGAGGAAGCCUUGAAAAAUCCACUAUCACGAAGCAUUAUAUCAUCAGGACUAGGAAUGAUACCUGGCUUAGGUGGAGUAUUAAAACUAGGAGUGGAUAAAUUUGUCAGUGGUUUACAAGAAACAGCCUCUGCCCUCAAAAAUUCUCAAUCUUUACUAAACGGCCAAGUUACCGAACUCCAAGCUGGCCUCCAAGAAGCCAAAGACCGCGAAUUAGAAUUAGCCGCCGCCCAGCAAAGAUUAGCCA